ACCCAUAUGGGUCCCAUGGGCCCACUAUAUAUCACUAUUCGCCCAACGCCCGUUCGGUAAUCGUCGUCGAGUUUUCAGUGUUGGAGUGAGUCGCGUUUGUACCUCGUGAGUAUGGAGAACCACGACAUUUGUAAAAUCAUCGUUCUGGAGUCGAGCAAAGGCCGCCAGAUCCAGGCCAAGCAACAGGGUAAUUUUCUGGAUAGACUCUCGCGCCACAAAAAGUCAGUGUCGAUUAGAAAGUGUCUUUUUGGGCAAGCCGAUCCCGAGGACACCAGGAGGCUGCUGGAUGAUCAGUACCAGUUGGAUCAGAAGCGAUUUCUCAGCAAGUUUGGCUUUGACGUGGAGACCAUCGAGUAUUUGGAGAGGAGCAAGAAUGAUGAGAGCGUCAAUAGGGAGAACGACAGAAAUGGGCAGAAUCGGGAAGCGAAAGUGUUGAGUGGAAAGGCGAACAGCUUGAGCAGGAAAAUCCUGAAAGCCCGAAGGAAAGUGAUGUUUAGUAAGGACCAAGCGGGGCAAAGUCAGCAAUUUAUUACUGAUUUCUACUACUCAAAGAAGGGUAGCGCUUUGGAGAAGAAGUUUGGCACCUUGCAGCAACCGAACAACGCGCAAUGUUCCAAAGAGAAUUGUUAGACAAAUUUCUCACAAUUCAUCCAUUCAUUGAUUAUGUAAGACUGUAUAUAACUAAAUUAUUUCAUACGGCCCAAAGCCAAAGUACAGUUGCCUAUUGUACAUUGGAACUUAUUAGCUAGUUUAGUUUUACAGGCUCUGAGAAAAAAACCGCUUUGUUAUAGAAAAAACAGCCUUGUUAUUUUCCCUUUCUGUUGAUUUAUGUGCAUUUUAUUCCGUAGAACUGUUAAAACAUCAUCUGUAUGCAACAAGUUGUUUUUCGUGUCUUUCAAUAUAAAACUUUUUUAGUAGACAAAAUAGUCCAAAUUUGCGGUGUUUAUGAAUUUUGUACUUUGUUAAACCUGUAUUUUUAGGUAUUUAUUGUUUCUUGCUGCUUAAUGUAUACGCUGUACUGAACAAACCUAUUGUUGAAUCUGAUAUCUCUGCUAGCAAUAGAUUCUAGUCUGUUAUUGUAUAUAACGUGUAUAUAAUAUAGCUUUUGUACAACUAGACCUAUAAAGGAAAAUUGCAAAUAUAUUUUAUUUUUUGGAACGAA